AUGGGGCUUCUUGCGCUUACAUCACAGCUGCUGCUAGCUACAGCGACUGUCUCCGCCAAAUGGAUUGUUCCUGGCGCGCGCUGGAGAGAUACCGCGGGUAAUUUAGUGAACGCACAUGCUGGUGGCGUCACUGUGGACCAGGAAACGGGCAAGUUCUUCUUGUUCGGGGAGUACAAGAUAGAGGGCCAGGUGGAAGGCGGUGGUGUCAGUGUCUACAGCUCCGAUGAUCUUGCAACGUGGGAACACCAUGGGCAAGCAUUGAAUCCAAUUGAGGGACACCCUUACAUCUCUAAGCAUGACAUCAUUCAACGGCCAAAAGUAGUGUACAGCAAGGGCACUGGAAAGUAUCAUAUGUGGUGGCACGCCGACAAUUCCACUUACGGUGAACUUCUCCAAGGGUUCGCUCAAGCAGACAACAUCACGGGGCCGUACAGCUUCGUCGAUGCCAUCUCCCCUCUUGGAAACUGGUCGCAGGACUUUGGUCUUUUUGUCGACUACAAAGAUGGGCGGGCAUAUUCGCUAUACUCAAACGGCGAUCGCAGAGACGGACGCGAUGUUUACUUCACCUCCUUCAACGAGAACAUCACGGGGCUUGACAAAGUCGUACAUCGAUUCGACAAGUAUGAUCUUGAGGCGCCUACGAUCAUUCAGACAGACAAGAGCUACUUUGCUCUCAUGUCCCACAAGACGGGAUACAGGCCCAAUAAUGUCGUUGCUUUCCGCGCCGACUCACUCAGCGGACCAUGGUCGCAACCCUUUAUCGUCUCUCCACUGAACACACGUACUUUCAACUCGCAAUCCGGCUUCUCGCUUCGAAUCAACGGCACCAAGAAAACCACACAUCUGUAUUUGGGUGAUCAGUGGGACUCCAUCUCAUUGUGGGAGUCGCGUUACAUCUGGUUACCCGUUGACAUCAACGAGAAGAAGAAGUCUCUCGAAGUGAACUGGCACGAUGUCUACGACCUAGACGUCAAGACCGGGGAGGUCACACCCAUCAAAGGGAAAUCCUACUACGGUAAAGAUGCCACGACCACAGGCAACGCCUUCAAGCAAGAAGCCACAUUCGGCAGUCACGGAGUCAUCGUUACGGGCAUCUACGGCAACGACAGCAAAGUCACCUUCUCUGGCAUCGAAGGCAGCGGAAAGCCGCAAUGGGUGUCGUUUUACUACCAGAACACGGAUGAUAUGGGCUUCGGCGACCAGCCUGGCGGAUCGCCUGAUCGCAUCAACGGAACGUGGCAACUGCGUCGCAUCUCGAGCGUCAUUGUCAAUAAUAAGGUGGAAGAGCUGGAGACACUGUACCAGAGAGAUACGCACAAGGGCAUUAUCUUGAGCACGCCUUUGCAGUUGAAGCUUGAGAAGGGUCGCAACAACACGAUUACGAUUGGAGGACUGAAUAAUGGGAAGGAUGUCAAGGGUGCGGAUAUUGAUAAGAUCGUUGUAUUCGACCCUGAGAAGUAG